GCACUAGUGAUUUGACGCACACGAUGGCCCCUAUGCAGCCCACGUGUACAUUGCCCAGGCAGCAGCAGCAGCAACAACAUUCCAAUUUGGUUCUGUCAAUGGCCCCGUUUAAAACACCGACUUAUGGCGGAACAGAUGACCAACAAAGGGUAGUUACACAUCCUGGAAUGCAGCUGAAGGGCAUUCAGAAAAGGUAUCCUCCACAUCCUCACGUCCCUAUCCAGAUGAGCGGUAAACACAGCAACUACCUUGUGAACCAGCAAGAACCAUCACCAAAAGCAGGCAAUAAUGACAGCGGUACAACUUUCCUAACGAGCAAAAAUAAUUCAAAUUAUGCCAAUCAGCAAAACACUUCAAACUUGUCUGUCAACUAUUUCCCACCCUACGUAGAGUCUAAAACCCCCAGACAACAACAGCCGAGUCAACUUCCUCAAAGCAAAUCCCCUCAUUCCUCUCCCAAAAUCAACGUGCAAAUGCCAUCCGCCGUACACGAAAAGCACGAGUAUGUGCUUACUCCGUCAAUUCUGCCUUCGACCCCGGCACUCUAUAAGCAAGAAAAACCUUCCUCCAUCUCCAUGAUGUCUCCCAUACAGAAAGACGAGCUAGCUCCCGCGAACCAGCCCGGAAACAUGUAUCAGCCAAAUUCAUCGAUGUCCCAAGGCGCUGGCCCAGAGAGAGAUAGCGGCAUCAUAGACGAUAGAAAAGAGGUGAGAACUGUACGAAACAGAAGGGGCGGGCACAUCAACUACAAUGACGAAUACUACUACAACGGAGAUGGCACAUUUGAAGACAGCAUCGAGGAUAAACCCAAAAGGAAAAGAAGGAGAAUGUCAUCGAAAUCAAAAAAGUAA